UGACCAAACACUGAGUCACUCAAUAGCCUGAAAUGUUUGUUUGUGUACCAGCUUGGGCUGAUAACAUGGAAGCCAACACUGAAACACUCACAUUCAUAUAUCCUGUGUGGUUGCAUUCCAAUACAUGUGCUACGUUACUUACCAGUUUUAAGAGCUGACCAAUAGGGCUUUAUUUCCUGUUUUCCGACACAAUCUUUUUCACUCUGCCACAUGAUUGAAGUUACUCCCACUGAAGUCAUGCACAGGAAAACCCAAGAGCUUUUGCCACAGUCUGUCAAGAACAAUAGAACUUGACAAGCGCAAGAUAGGUGGUUUGUAUACUCUGCAGCAAACGAGGCACUCUAAAUUAUUGAGUGAAAGGGGGGGGGGAUCAUUAAGGACGCGUGCUGUGGAAAACUGUGGAUUUACUCUCACUGUACAUGGCAAGGUUAUGAUCAUGUCUCUGCCAGAGGAGGAUCUGACAUGCCCGGUGUGCUGUGACAUCUUCAUAGACCCUGUCUUGCUGUCAUGCAGCCACAGCUUCUGCAGGAUCUGCCUCAAGCGUUGCUGGGACACAGGUAUACGGGAAUGUCCGGUGUGCCGACGGAAACCCCCCAAGUCCAGUCCUCCCUCCAAUCUGGCUCUGAAAAAUGUCUGUGAGGCUCUUCUGCUGGUCAAGAACCAGUGCGCGGAGGCACUGGAGGACAAGAUGAACUGUAGCCUGCACGGUGAGAGGCUGAAACUCUUCUGUCUGGUCGACAAACAGCCCAUCUGUGUGGUGUGUCAGUAUUCUAAACUUCACAAGAGCCACAGCUACUCACCCGUAGAGGAGGCAGUGCUGGACUGCAAGGAUGAACUCGCUUUGUCCCUUAAAAUGUUGCAAGACAAACUGGAAAACCUCAAAAGGAUUCAGAAGACAUCUGCAGUCAUGUCCACGUACAUCAAGAGUCAGGCAGGGGAAACACAGAGACUGAUCAGAAGCCAGUUCGAGCAGCUCCAUCAGAUGCUCAGCCAGGAGGAGUCGGACAGAUUAGCCGCGGUGAAACAAGAAGAGGAGGAGAAGAUCGCAGGCAUGAAGGAUAAGAUUAAAGAGCUCUCCGCCGAAGUGCUGUCCCUCACGGAGACGAUCUCCGUCAUACAGGAGCAGCUCAAAGAAGAAGACAUGGUUUUGUUGGAGAAUUUUAAAGCCACCGAUGAUAGAAGCAAAAGCUUUGUGCUUGGAUCAGACAACAUGUCUGGAUUACUGAUCGACACAACCAAGCAUCUCUGCAACCUCAAAUACAUCGUUUGGGAGAAAAUGCUGGACCACAUUGACUACACUCCAGUGACUUUGGACCCAAACACAGCACACCCCUGCCUCAUCCUGUCAGACAAUCUCACUUCCCUCCACUACUCGAAGCAGCCCAGCUGUUGCCCUGACAACCCAGAGCGUUUCCACAUGAGUGCUGAGGUGGUAGCCAUGUCACCGCUUGGUUCAGGAAGUCACCAGUGGGUCGUGGAAACAGGAAGUAAUCAGGACUGGCUCCUGGGCGUGGCCUCCUUGUCUGUGCCCCGAAACGCUGAAAUCUCCGCUCGGCCUGAAAAUGGCUUCUGGACUUUAUGUUUCAGAGAUGGAGAGUUCAGAGCCAUGACCUCGCCACCCACCCCACUGACACUUUCAAGAACGCCAAAACAAAUCAAAGUGCAACUGGACUACAACAAAGGGACGGUUUCUUUUGUUGACCCUGCCGACAACACAGCCAUUUUUACAUUCACGCACACAUUCACAGAAACACUUCUUCCAUAUUUUUAUACACAGAGUAGUCAUCCACUGAGAAUAAUGCCCGAAAAGGUACUUGUCACAAUGCUGCGUCAACAGUAGGGUCAAUGGGUUAUUAUAAGAGAGAGAGAGGGGGGGGAGAGAAGAUAGAGAGAAGGAAAAAGAAAAUCACUUUAUCUUCAAGGUUCAAGCAGUUCGGUUAAUUUGCUGCUUCCAAAAUAUACUGCUGCAAAAGAUUUAAGGGCUUAAAGAGGAAAUAUCAUGCUUUUUCAGAGGUUUUCACACACUCAUCUAGUGUGUCAUAGUGUAUGUAAAAAGUGUUAAAAAAAAAAGUGCAUGGAAAGGAAAGGAAGGAAGGAAAGCUUUCUUACAUUUGUGAUGUCACAACAGACCCACAAAAAAAGUGUGCCCAGACUAUCUGGUAUCCAUAUAUGGGUAAUGGGCAUGAAACUUCCAACUUGUGCUGACCAAUCACAGUUCAGUUUCCGGCUGGCCAAUCAGAGCAAAGUAGCCAUUCAAGGGGGGAGAGGAGAGACACACUACCCCCAUGUGUUUCACUGGCCCCCUUUACACCUGGCAUUAGAAUGUGUUUUCUGUGAUCAGAUGGUGAUCCACAUC